UGUACCGGAUGACGUUCUGUCAGACCUACGCAGAGAUGAAGCAGCCGUCAGAAGAGUGGAAAACUGUCAUUGGGGGUAUCUUCUUCUUUCUGGGCUUCACUGGCCUGGUGGUCUGGUGGCAGGCACUCUACGUCUACCCCGAGCGCCCCAGGACCUUUACCGACGAGUGGAAGGCCAAGCAGCUGAAGAGGAUGCUGGACAUGAGGAUCAACCCGGUCGAGGGCUUCGCGGCCAAGUGGGACUACGAGAAGGGCCAGUGGAAGUAAAGAGACUGCGGCGGAGGUGGCAUAGAGUCUGGACCCUUCAACCUCAGACCACUGUGAAGCUGCUGCUGAAGUCAGGCUCAAUCUGAAUGUUGUAUUACAACUAUCAAAACCACUAGAAAGAAAGAUUUAUCCACUGUCCAUAUCUCUGGGGUCUUUUUGACUCUGUGCCACCUGCGGCUCUCAGUCAGACACCUUCUGUCACCGUCCUGUUGUAACCAUAUAAUAAUAAUAAUAAUAAAGUUUUGCUUAUGUCUCUGUCGGGCA